GGAACCUACGCGGGAAACAAGAGUCAAGCGAGGUGAUGAGAAGCUCUCACGAUCGAACAGAGUCCCGUUCUGGAAACAAUGGGUCGUUUAUAUAGCGAGCGAGCUAAUUGUCUCACUCCCCCCGGACGCGCAUCGAGCCACCUUGCAUAGCAGAGCUGGGUAAGAUCGGGACACGCUUUUGUUUCCGCAUCUCUGCCUCUCCCAGCUCCUUCUCUCUUACUGCUCUCCGUGCUAUUGUCCAGAGCUACUGUUCUCACUUUCCUUUCGCGCUGUCUUUUCUUUUGUAAUGUCUUCUGGAGAUACGGAUUACAUGGCUCGUGCGGAAGCGUCCUUCGAACCUCCCUCGUUCGCGAUUAUCUCACCGACACCCCGAUCCUCCGUAACAUUCAGCUUUCCUGCGUCGCAAAAUGUGGGGGAGUCUCCAUGCGACACUCCCUCGUCCUCGCCCUUCGAGCCGGAUUUGCGCCAGCUGACAUUGGCGAACCCUGGGUUAGGGUCAGCUUCUCACUCCCCAUCAUCCUCUACCUCGUCCCUAGCCUCAGAAUGCCCGACCCCGCCCCCGUUGAGCGCCUUCACCCACACCCUCUCCGUCUCAUCCCUGAAUCUCUCGGACAACUCCGGUCCGGGUCCGAUCCGGCGCUCCAAAUCCUCGGCUAGCGAGUCGCGGCGCCCCAAACGCGGUGACGACGACUAUGUGAAGCGGCCCGAAAACGCGUGGAUUCUGUUCCGGCGGAAGGUCUCCCAGGAUCAGGCAGCGGCGUCUGCAACGCCCCAAGCCGAAUCCACAGCAGCGAUGGCCCUGCCUGGCGGUCGGCGACCGCGGCAGGCGGACCUCUCCAAAACGAUAUCCGAGCAGUGGCGCUGUCUCCCCGCGGAGGAGAAGGCCAAGUGGGAGGCGCUGGCGAAGGAGAAGAAGCGCGAGCACGAGGCUCUGUACCCAGAUUAUGUGUACCGGCCUCAGCGCGCGAGCAAGAAGAACCGCCCGCGGGAGUCGAGUCCCGGGCCUGGUCGUGGCCGCGACGUCGCGAACGCAUCGCUGGCAGCUCGCCGGAAACGUGCGGCUCCUCCGACGCUGGGGCCGCCGCCAGAAUUCUUCAUGCCCGUAUUCUCCGCGAUCCCCUCUAUCUCUUCAUCGUCGUCGUCGUUGCAUCAGCCCCAACCGCAAGCCCGGAGCUCCAGUGUGCCUUCGUAUCAGCCUUUCCAUGCUCCCGAUGUCUUCUCCUCUGUAUCGACGACCGCGAUAGAGCCCAUCGACACGUCUCCCGUCUCGCUUUUGGAUCUGAUCAACCAAGCCUCAGCGCUGAACGGCGCACACAGCUUGUAUCCUGACGACACAAGUGGAGGAUGGGACUAUACCCCCAGCCACGCUGUGAAUGCCCAGUUCGCCCAGUCGAUAAACUCGACCGACUUUCUGCACUCCAUGACGCCCUCGACUUCAUACUCACCCACAUCAGCCUUUUUCUCUAACAUCGGGGCCUUUGCCCCGCUGGACCCGACACCCAUGUCGCUCUCGCUGCCCGACGCCUGCGACCCGUCACUGCUCAUCACUCACAACAACGACGCAAACGCCUGGCCCAUCACCUCACCCUGGGCGGGUCAGCACACGUUCUCCGCGCCGACGCAGGCACCGGCGCUCUCCGAGGGCGACUUUGAGCUCAGCUGCGUGCCGGGCAUCGGCGCCGGGUGGGACACCAUGGCGCCCACCGGGCACUACCCGGGCAGCGAGUACAUCACCGACGCGGACGAUCUCGUGAAGGAGGUCGUGGACCCGACGAGCUUCGACAUGCACAACCAGCUGCCGCCGCUGACGAUCGACUUUGCCGGUGCCAUGGCCGCUACCCCAUGAUGGUGGUCUUGACGGCCGCGCGUUGUAUAUAUACCAGCACUGAUUGUGCCGUGUGCGGAUGACUCGUGUAAAACCAUCCCCCAACUUAUCUCUCACUUAUAUCGGUUCUGGCGCUCUGUACAUCUAUGUAUGACACGCUCUCACCUCGCAUGCCUCUCUAAACGCUGCGACCGUUCUCGCUUGCUAGCCCUCGUCGUGUAAUCCUAUCUCCAGAUCAUGCAGUUACAUUUUCGGAAGCAGCAGACGUAGGCAAUCCUGUGGAAAGCACUGGACAACGCCGUCAUUCUAAGCAUUCUAGUUGAUAAUCCAGUUUGCUUUGACCUUGGACGCUAUCCACGAAGGCACCAUGAUGUCUGGAGCGGAGGCUCGCACGUUCACCGGGAUCGUUGAGGAAUUACGAGAGCGAGCCCAAUCGCCGAUUUCAAGGAUUCCGCGUAUUGCGUCGAUGGAGUACUUUUCCAUUCACGGUUAGGCUAACCUUUGGGCUUUUACACAGCUGGAACAGAAAUCGGAAAUCGGCAGCUGGCAUGAGACGGUCUGGUUUCCGGGCCAAGUUCGUGAUGAUGUACUUAUCCCGAUACUUUAAAAUAGGGCUGAUUGAAUGAGCAUAACUCUAUGUUGGACUUCAUUUUGGACGGAAAUCUUCCGCCCGUACCC